AUGAAUAGAAUUUUAAAACAAGUAUCAAAUACCAAAGGUAAAGGUAUUAGAUUCUAUUCAUCUUCUAGUCAAUUGGAUUCAGAAUAUAUGUUUCCAUCAGUCAGAAGAUUAUUAGUAGAAUAUGGUAUCAAUAGUAGUAAGGAAGUAACAGCUACAGGUCCACAAAAUAGAUUACUUAAAGGUGAUGUUUUAGCAUAUAUAAAAACAAAGAAUUUAUCACCAGUAGAUAGAUUAUCAUUAAUUGCAUCAUCAGUAAAAUCAUCACAACCAUCAUCAUCAUCAUCACCAUCAAUAGUAGACUCACCAACAUUAACAUCACAAAUUAAAGAUCAAAUUAAAAUUGUAACAACAAUUACAAAUGAUAAAAAUAAAUCAAAAGUUAUAUACGAAGAUAUACCAAAUAAUAAUAUUAGAAGAGUAAUUGCAACUAAAUUAAGUCAAUCGAAACAACAAGUACCACAUUUCUAUAUGACAGUUGAAUGUGAAUUGGAUAAUGUUUUAGCAAUGAGAAAAUCUAUGCCAGAGAAUGUAAAGAUCUCUGUAAACGAUUUCGUGUUAAGAGCAUGUGCAUUGGCAUUACGUGAUAAUCCACAAGCAAAUUCUAAAUGGUCCGACGAACAUGGUGAAGCCAUAUUAAAUCCAACCGUUGACAUUUCAUUUGCAGUUAGUACCGAUCGUGGUUUAAUCACACCAAUCAUCACAAAUACCGAUAAGAAACAAUUGUUGGCAAUUUCAAACGAGUCUAAACAAUUGGCAUUGAAAGCAAGAGAUGGUAAAUUGAAACCAGAAGAAUUCAUUGGUGGUACAUUUAGUGUAUCAAAUUUAGGUAUGUUUGGUAUUACAUCCUUUAAUGCAAUCAUAAAUUAUCCACAAGCUGGUAUCUUGGCAAUUGGUACUGGUAGAAAAGUUUUAAGACCACCUUCAACCUAUCAACCAAUAGAAACAAACUUAAACGCAUCAUAUGGCUCUGAAGGUAAAUCCGAAAUCAUAAAUACAAAUGGUCCAUUAACAACUGAACAAUUAGAAAAAUUAUUUGAUAAUACUGUAUCAAAAAAACAAGAUAUUAAACAACAAAUCAUUAAUGAACAACCACAACCACCAAAAUAUGAACAACCAAAGGUUGCAAAUGUUAUGGAUGUUACACUCUCUGGUGAUAAUAGAGUAUUCGAUGAUGAAAUCGCUGGUAAAUUCUUAUCAUCAUUUAAAUAUUAUUUAUCAAAUCCACAAAAUAUGAUUCUUUAA